AUACAGAAUAGAAAUAUGUACAACAGACUUCUACAAGCGACAGAUGGAUUUAAUGAAGGUAAUUUACUUGGUUCUGGAAGUUUUGGCUCUGUGUAUAAAGGAAGACUUUCAAAUGGGCGGAAUGUUGCGGUAAAAGUUUUUAAUUUGCAGUUAGAGGGAGCCUUUAGGAGUUUUGAUGUUGAAUGUGAAGUCAUGCAAAAUAUACUUCAUCGUAAUCUUGUCAAGAUCAUUAGUGGUUGUUCUUGCAUUGAUUUCAAAGCUUUAGUAUUUGAAUUCAUGCCUAAUGGGAGUCUCGAGAAAUGGUUAUACUCUGACCAUUAUUUCUUGGAUAUCCUACAAAGAAUCAACAUAAUGAUAGAUGUUGCAUCUGCACUAGAAUACCUCCAUUUGGGACAUCCAAAUCCAAUAAUUCAUUGUGACCUAAAACCUAGUAAUAUCUUACUAGACAAUGAUUUGGUUGCACAUGUGGGAGAUUUUGGCAUUGCCAAACUAUUAGGAGAAGCAGAGUCUGUGAAACAAACCAUGACACUUGCCACUAUAGGAUAUAUGGCACCAGAAUAUGGAUCAACAGGAAUUGUUUCCACAAAAAGUGAUGUUUAUAGUUAUGGUAUUUUAUUGAUGGAAACUUUCACAAGAAAGAAGCCCACAGAUGAGUUUUUCACUGGAGAAAUGACUAUGAUUCGUUGGAUGGAAGAUUUACUAUCUAAUGGAACAAUUGAUGUUGUGGAUUUAAGUUUGCUGCAAGAAGAGAAAGAACAUUUUAUAGCUAACGCUGAUUGUAUAUCAUCCAUUAUGAGAUUAGCUUUAGACUGUUCAGUUGAGUUACCAGAGAAAAGAAAAGAUAUAAAGGAUGUUGUUUCCAUUCUUAAGAAAAUCAAAAGGAAUUUUUUGAACAACAUCAAGCACGUGUAAUAUGAGUCAAGGCUACUAUUAGAAGAGUACAGAUUUUGGGUCCAUAACAAAGGUAUUUUCCCGACUUUUCAGCCAAAGAUUUUCUAGAGAAUAAACAAACUAUAAAUCUGAAUUCUUAAGUUUUAGUGCAUUUGAUUCUUGCUUUAUAAUUUAAGGUUUUUGAAAUGUAGAUUGUCAAAUCUACCCUACAUUUGUCUCCUCUGAGUUUAUAAAUUAUUGUCAUUAUUUCUUUGGCCUAACGCUUAAUUCAGUAGGGGAAGCGUUCCUUUUAUUGGGAGGAGAAUAUUUGAGGUUCUAAAUUGGCAUUGUUUCACGGU